AUGAUCAAAGGAGGCGUUUGGCGCAACACGGAGGAUGAAAUCCUCAAAGCUGCGGUUAUGAAAUAUGGCAAGAACCAGUGGUCUCGUAUCGCAUCCUUGCUUCAUCGGAAAUCUGCUAAACAAUGCAAAGCUCGUUGGUACGAGUGGCUCGACCCCAGCAUCAAAAAGACAGAAUGGUCGCGCGAAGAAGACGAAAAGUUGUUGCACUUGGCCAAGCUGAUGCCGACGCAAUGGCGAACGAUAGCUCCUAUCAUUGGCCGUACAGCUGCACAAUGCCUGGAGAGAUACGAAUACUUAUUGGAUCAAGCUCAAAAGAAAGAAGAAGGAGAAGAUAUGGGGGAUGAUCCACGAAAACUUAAACCUGGUGAAAUUGACCCAAACCCUGAAACUAAACCAGCUAGACCUGAUCCUAAAGACAUGGAUGAAGAUGAGCUUGAGAUGCUGUCUGAAGCUCGUGCUCGUUUGGCCAAUACACAAGGAAAGAAAGCGAAAAGGAAGGCCCGUGAAAAGCAGUUGGAGGAAGCUCGACGCUUAGCAGCAUUACAGAAGAGAAGGGAGUUGAGCGCUGCAGGAAUUGCUGUACCUAUUAGACGUAAGAAAAAACGUGGUGUGGAUUAUAAUUCGGAGAUCCCAUUUGAGAAGAGGCCUGCACCUGGUUUCUAUGACACCUCCACUGAGGUUGUAGAUCCAAUGGCUCCAGACUUCUCCCGUUUGAGACAGCAGCACCUCGAUGGGGAAUUACAAUCUGAAAAGGAAGAGCGUGACCGCCGCAAAGACAAGCAAAAGCUCAAACAGCGCAAGGAAAACGACAUGCCCCAAGCGAUGCUUCAAGGAGACCAGCCAGCCCGCAAACGCAGCAAGCUAGUACUUCCCGAGCCACAAGUGUCUGAUCAGGAGUUGCAGCAAGUGGUGAAGCUAGGUCGCGCGUCGGAAGCGGCGCGGGAAACAGCCGGCGAAGCGGGCGCACCCACCGACGCGCUACUAGCGGACUAUGCGCUCACACCCGCGCCCGCCACUGCGCUGCGGACGCCCGCGCAACCCCGCGACAGGUAUAUAGCGGCGCAGCCAGCGGUUCUGUUGGAAGCCCAAAACGUAAUGGCUCUGACACACGUGGAUACGCCAUUAAAAGGCGGUUUGAAUACACCGUUACAAAUUCCAAACACACCGCUGCAAUCCACCAACACAGUACUCGCUACUCCAUUCAGAUCUACGCGCACUGAAGUGUCAACGCCUGGUAGUUUUAAUACGCCCAGUCAUGCUACCAAUGGACAACCAGGGUUACUUACACCAGGCUUACGUGACAAACUUAGCAUCAAUCCGGAGGAUAGAUUAGGAGGUGGUGACACUCCCCAAGUGGCGAAUCAAAUGCAAAAACAGCUGAAGGCUUCAGUUCGGUCAGCACUGCAGUCUUUACCGACACCGCGGAACGACUAUGAAAUAGUUGUGCCAGAGCAGGACGAAGAAGUGGCAGAUAUUACGCCGUCUUCUCUCUCUGUGGAAGAUCAGGCUGAUGCUGAUGCUAGGAUGCUGCGUGACCAGGAGGAGAGAAGAUUGGCCGAGCUAGCUCUCCGUUCUAGCUGCGUACAGCGCGGUCUCACCCGCCCCGCUGACGUGAACGCGACCGUAGUGCGAACUGGAAGCAGCGCACCUUUAACUCCGCUACAACACGCGGAGGAACUGCUCAAGGCGGAGAUGGUCACCAUGCUGCAUUAUGACGCUCUUCAUGAUCCUCCUCUAGGUAUAGACAAAAAGCGUGUGGUACAACUGCAGGCAGCUCAUAUGGCGUACUUAGAACAGCAUCCAUACGAGGAGUUCACAGCCGAGGAGCUGGACGCUGCCAAACGAGAACUAAAGAAGGAAAUGGAAGUGGUUAGGGCGGGAAUGGGACACGGAGACCUCAGCAUGGAUGCGUACACGCAAGUCUGGGAAGAGUGCUUGGCUCAGGUUCUGUUUCUACCUGGACAAAAUAGAUAUACACGUGCCAAUUUAGCGAGCAAGAAGGACAGAUUAGAAUCAGCUGAGAAAAGACUGGAGCAAAACAGAAAUCACAUGGCCAAAGAAGCAAAAAAGUGUUCCAAGAUGGAGAAGAAACUAAGAGUCAUCACAGGUGGAUAUCAAAGCCGAGCGGCGUCGCUAGUGAAGCAAUUCCAGGAGUUACAGGAACAGAUAGAGCAGGCCAAUCUGGAGCUUUCCACCUUCAGGUUCCUAGCUGAGCAGGAGAAGGCUGCCAUACCGCGGAGGAUAGAGUCAUUGACAGAGGACGUGAACCGUCAAACAGACCGUGAGAAACAAUUGCAGAAGAAAUAUGGCGAACUUCAGGCAGAACUGGAAGACAUACAUAAAGGGAGACAACCAAAGGAGCCAGAAGCGAAGAGUGCAGAAGAGUAA